AUAAACUAGCACUAGAUUAUUAGGUUAUAAUCACGUCGUACAUCAUUAUAUGAUGUGUACAGGGAUGAACAAGCAAAUUGUACUCAAAUUCCCAAUUCCCAAUUCCCAAAUGGAAACAGACAGUGAGCUCCUCCACGACCUCCCACCCCUCUUCCGCCAAUACAAGUCCGGCCGCGUGGAGCGCUUCUCCGGCGCCACCGCUGCCCUCCCUUCCCCCCUCGAUCCCACCACCGGCAUCUCUUCCAAACUCGCCGUCAUCGACCCUUCCACCCCUGUUUCCGCCUGCCUAUACCUUCCCCCGAAUCCACCAUCAACCUCCACUCUCCCGAUUCUCCUCUACUUCCACGGCGGCGCCUUCUGCAUCGAGUCCGCUUUCUCCAAUACCUACCACCCCCACCUCACGUCCCUCACGUCCCUCGCCCGCCUCCUCGUUAUCUCCGUCGACUACCGCCUCGCACCCGAACACCCCCUCCCUGCGGCCUACGAUGACUGUUGGUCCGCCAUCCAAUGGGUCUUCUCUCGCUCCGAUCCGUGGCUGGCCCGAUUCGGGGAUCUCCGCCGGGUGUUCCUCGCGGGGGACAGCGCCGGCGCGAACAUCGCGCAUCGGAUGGCGGUGUGGGCGGGGGAGAAGGGGUUAGGGUUUGAGGGGAUGGCUUUGGUUCAUCCCUACUUUUGGGGAUCGGAGCCGGUGGGGAAUGAGGGGAGGGAGAAAAGCUGGAGGGGUUGGAUGGACGGGUUGUGGAGGGCGGUGAGCGGAGGGGAGAAGGGGCUGGAUGAUAGGUGGAUAAAUCCGGCGAAGGAGGGUAAAGAGGCUGUGGCGAUGAUGGGAUGCAGGCGGGUGGUUGUGUGUGUGGCGGAGAGGGAUCCAAUGAGGGAGAGGGGGAGGGUGUAUUGGGAGAUGUUGAGAGGGAGUGGGUGGAGAGGGGAGGUAGAGAUUGUGGAGACGAAAGGGGAGGGGCAUGUGUUUCAUUUGGAGAAGAAGACGGAGGGGGAUGAGAGUGUUCGGCAAUUGAUGGAUGUGUUGGUCAGGUUUUUUAGGAAGGAUCCGUUGCCCGAAGACCCUGAUUCUGAUUACAUCUUCUCUUCUUCUUCUUCAUAGCGAUUUUUUUGGGAAAUGAGGCGGUUGAGGAAAUAUUAGGUCAGAACUCCCCAUGCUAAUGUCGGAGAAAAUAUUAGGUUAGGAUUCCGAAUUAUUCCAAUAAAGAAGUACCACGUGUAAAAUUGGCUCAUCAUACACUGUGAUUAGUCUUGACCUAAUGUUGAAUACUAUGAUGGAGGAGGAGCUCAUGGUUAGUGGGAAAUUAAUAAAAAAUUGCUGAUUAUAAUUUUUUUAAGGAAAAUAAUAACUUGUAAAUGUUAAGCUAAA